GGCUCCUCCAGAAGCCAUUAGACAGAAAGGCGUGAAAACCCCAGAGCUCAUCCCAGAGUCAUUCAGGUGGGACCUUGGCCUGGGGUCAGAGUCCCAGGACAGACCUCCUUGUUCCUCUGAGGGAACACCUCCCCCUGGAUUUCCCUCUCGCAGCCCAGGCAGAAGUUUCGACACGUCUGCUUCACUUUUUUCCUGUCGAAGAGCUCUGACCACCACCAAGCCUUGGGUCACAGCGUGGAUAGCAGCGAUCACUCUAAUCACAACAGCAGCUGUAGCAGCAGCAGAUUCUGCCCCAUGCCGGCCAGAAUCCCUAGAAAUCAACAAGUAUGCCGUGGUCAUCAUCUAUGCCCUGGUGUUCCUGCUGAGCCUGCUGGGAAACUCCCUGGUGAUGCUGGUCGUCUUGUACAGCCGUGUCAGCCGCUCCGUCACCGACGUCUACCUGCUGAACCUGGCCAUGGCCGACCUGCUCUUCGCCCUGACCUUGCCCAUCUGGGCCGCCUCCAAGGUGAAUGGUUGGAUUUUUGGCACAGCCCUGUGCAAGCUGGUGUCACUUCUAAAGGAGGUCAACUUCUACAGUGGAAUUCUCCUGCUGGCCUGCAUCAGCGUGGACCGCUACAUGGCCAUUGUCCACGCCACACGCACUCUCACUCAGAAGCGCCACUUGGUCAAGUUCAUAUGUCUGGGCAUGUGGGCCCUGUCCCUGUGCCUGUCUCUCCCCAUCAUAAUUUUCCGUAGGGCCAUCUACCCACCCUCCGCCAGUCCAGUCUGCUACGAGGACAUAGGCAACAGUACAGCCACGUGGCGGAUGGUGCUUCGAAUCCUGCCCCAGACUUUUGGUUUUAUCUUGCCCCUGAUGGUCAUGCUGUUCUGCUACGGAUUCACCCUGCGCACACUGGUUAAGGCCCACAUGGGGCAGAAGCACCGGGCCAUGCGGGUCAUCUUUGCUGUGGUCCUCAUCUUCCUGCUCUGCUGGCUGCCCUACCACCUGGUCCUGCUCGCUGACACCCUCAUGAGGACACAGAUGAUUGCAGACUCCUGUGAGCGCCGCAGUGACAUUGACCGGGCCCUGGAAGCCACCGAGAUUCUGGGCUUCCUCCACAGCUGCCUCAACCCUGUCAUCUACGCCUUCAUUGGCCAAAAGUUUCGCCAUGGACUCCUCAAGAUCCUGGCCACCCGUGGCCUGAUCAGCAAGGACUUCUUGCCCAAGGACAGCAGGCCUUCCUUCGCUGGCUCUUCUUCAGGGAACACGUCCACUACCCUCUGAGACUCCUGCCUCAGUGCAGCCCCUCGGGGUUCCUCCCUUCCCCUCAGCAUCCCAUUCUAAGCCCCACGUCCACUGGCUGUUCAUGGUGUGAGUGUCACUGCAGCCCCCAUUGUGGUUGCAGGAAGGGGCAGAGCCCACAUCCUUACCAGGCCCCCACUGCAUGGUUUAGAAAACCUGCCCUGGUCCCCACCCCCUGCCAUCAUCACUAGGCCAGCGCUAGAGCUCUGUCCAUCCUGCCACUGGCCACACACUCUGCUCUGUAAGAAGUGCUCGUCAAAACCCCAAUGAGAUGCCACGUCACACUCACUAGGAUGGCUCUUGUCAAAAGAAGAAAACCAUGAAAUCACAAGUGUAGAGAAACGGAACCCUUGUCCAUAGCUAAUAGGAAUGUAAAAUGAUGCAGUCACUGCAGGAAACAGGAUGACAGCUUUCCUCAAACAUUAACUGUACAACCACCACAUGACCCAGCAAUUCCACUUCUAGGACUAUACCCACGAGAAUUUAAAGCAAGGACUGGAACAGAUAUUUAUAGGCCCAUGUUCAUAGCAGCAUUACUCACAAGAGCCAAAAGGUGGAAAUAACUCAAAUGGUCAUCAAUGAAUCAAAGGAUAAACAAAAGGUGGUAUAUACACACAACGAAAUAUCAUUCAAGAAAAAGGAGGAUAUGAACGAUAUGCCCAGAAGACUGAGGCAGAGACUGAGUUGCACUUACGGGAACUCUUAUAUUUAUCCCUAUCUCUUCCAAUCCCUGUCUUUCCCUCUCUCUCUCUCUCUCUCAUAAAGGAAUGAAUUACUGAUGCGUGUUACAACGUGGAUGAACCUUGAAAACAUUGUGCUAAGUGAAAUAAAUCAGACAUAAAUGGAAAAAUAUCAUAUGAUUCUGCUCAUAAGAGGUAUUUAGAAUAGACAAAUUCACAGAGAUAGAAAGUGGAAUAGUGUUUCCCAGGGGAUGGGGUCAGGGGAGAGUGGGGAAUUAUUGUUUAAAGGGUACAGAGUUUAUGUUUUGGAUGAUGAAAAAGUUCUGAAUAUGAACAGUUGUGAUAGUUACACAACGUAGUGAAAGUGCUUAAUGGCAGUAAACCAUAUAACUAAAAAUCAUUAACUUGGUAAAGUUUGUAAAAUAGAUUUUUUUACCUCAAUUAAAAAAACAAACAAACAAAAAAAAAAACCUGGACCUCAAAAGGGACUUUAACCACUGAACCAACGGAAAAGCCAACUACCUAUAAUUUCAUGUUAAGUGAGAUCAUUAAAUACCUUUUUUUG